AUGUCAACGGGAAACGAGACAGAUUUUAUCCUACUGGGCUUCUUUCCUGAAUUUAAAUAUAUCACAGCCCUGGUUUCCAUCAUUCUCCUUAUCUUCACAGCUGCAUUCACUGGCAACACUCUUCUGUUUCUUCUCAUUUUGUUAGAUUCCAGACUUCAUACUCCUAUGUAUUUCCUACUCAGCCAGCUCUCUUUAAUGGAUUUGAUAUUGACUUCUAGCAUUGUCCCUAAGAUGGCAGUCAAUUUCUUCUCUGGAUGGCGGAACAUCUCAUUUUUGGCUUGUGGAACUCAAAUAUUCUUCUCGUUAACUGUGGCAAUUGCAGAAUGCAUUCUAAUAACUCUAAUGUGUUUUGAUCGUUAUGUGGCCAUCUGUAAUCCUCUCCGGUACUCACUCAUCAUUAGUCCUCGCGUUUGCUUGCAGAUGGCGGCCAUGUCUUGGACUGGAGGAGCACUUACUUCCUUGGGCCACACAGCUUUCACCUUACAUUUUCAUAUCUGCAAUCCCAGAGAAAUCCCCCACUUCUUCUGUGAAGUCAUGGCUGUUCUUAGGAUUGUUUGCGAAGAUAUCUCAGCCUAUGAGAAGGCAGUGGUGGUGACGAGUAUCCUAGUUCUACUUCUUCCCUUAUUACUCAUCUUGUCCUCCUAUAUUAUCAUCAUUCUUGCUGUACUCCGAAUAAACUCUCGAGAAGGCAGGAACAAAGCAUUAUCUACCUGUACCUCUCACCUUUGUGUGGUAGGUCUCUAUUUUGGGGCAGGUAUGUGCAUCUACAUGAGACCCGGCUCUGCCAAAACUCCUAAGUUAAAUCAGGUUCUUUUUCUCUUUGGAACUGUCCUCACACCACUCCUAAACCCACUAGCUUAUAGUUUAAGAAACAAGGAAGUUUUAAGUGCACUGAAAAAAUUGAUAGGGAGGUGA